GAAAAUCGACAGGAAACCAGGGUGACACGCCAGCCUCUCGGAGUUCUCUGAAAACAGGAAACGAAGACGGCUGCUCAUCUUUCUCGAACCCGAGACAAGGUCGAGAGUCAACAUUCUGUUCGCCGGCUUGGAAACCUCAGAAGAUCAGGCGCAGAGAGAAAAGAAAACCCACCAACACCAACCUCCCCAAAAAGGAGGCUGGUGUCUCCCGGGGGGUCCCAUCAAGGGCCUGGGGGCCCUUCCACCGUUCCGCAGCUUCUGAAAAGACGGACGGACGGGGCCCACAAGCAGCCCUUCGUCUCUCUCUCUGACACCACCCCAACCAAAGCCGGCACAAUGCUUCCCGUGGCCGAGGACACGCCGCUGAUCGGCUACCGGACCCACAGCCUCUCCUCCGGCGGAGCGGGUCUCCUCCAUGUCCUCCUCUACCACCAACCAAACUCUUCCCAGGGCCCGCCGGAGACGGCCGGCAGCCUCAGCUUCUCCUCCGGGGAAUACACGGCCGAGGAGCUCUGCGUGGCCGCAGCCACGGCAUGUGGAAUCCUUCCCGUCUGCCACUCGCUUUUCUCUCUGGCCACGGAGGACCUCACCCGAUGGUUUGCCCCCAGCCACAUCUUCACCGUGGAUGAAUCCUUCAGCCAAGUGGUUGUCUACAGAAUCAGGUUCUUCUUUCCAAAUUGGUUCGGCCCCAAGAAAUCCUACCGGAUGGGCCUCAACCACCAGCUCCAGCCCAUCCUGGAUCUGGCUGCUCUUGACUACCUGUUUGCUCAGUCCCGCAGCGACUUCCUCAGCCAGCGGGUGGAACUGCCCUGGACUCUGGAGGCUCAGGAGACCUGUCUCAGCCUGGCUGUCUUGGACCUGCUGCGGAUGGCCAAAGAGAGGAAUCGGCCCCUGAGAGAGGUCUUCCGGAGCAUCAGUUACAAGUCCUGCCUGCCGGAGAGUCUGCGCUCCCAGCUGCAGGCGGAAAACUUCCUCACGCGAAAACGGAUCCGGCGCCAGGUUGGCCGCUCUCUGUGCCAAGUCAGCCGCUUCUUGACCGACCUCCACUUCCUCAAGCUGAAGUACCUGGCGGAGCUGGAAGGCCUGGCGGGCUCGACGGCCGAGGAGACCUUCCUCGCCCGAAUCCCUGGGCAGGCAGCCCCUGAUGCCGCGCGGGUGAUCCACGUCUCAGCAGAAAAGGGGAUCUUGUCCAGCCAGGGCAGCAUUUCCCAGGGUCCUAGUCUGUUCUGCGAUUUCCCGGAGAUUGCCGACAUCACCGUCAAGCAAGCCAGCCGGGAGGGUCUGCCCGUGGAGAGCCGUGUUGUCGGCAUGACCAAGACGGACGGACGGUCUCUGGAAUUGGAGUUCCCGGGCCUGGCUGAGGCCCUUUCCUUUGUUUCCCUCGUGGACGGCUAUUAUCGCCUGACGGUCGACUCCUGCCACUAUUUCUGCAAGGAAGUGGCACCACCAAGGCUGCUGGAGGAUCUGGAGAAUCAGUGCCAUGGCCCCAUUGCGUCCGAGUUUGCAGCAAGCAAGCUGGACGCGGCCGGGCAAAACCAGGGAGCGUUCCUUCUCCGGCGGAGCCCAGAAGAUUUUGCCAGCUACCUGCUCACCCUCUGCCUGGAGACCCCUGGCUGGAAGGAGGUCAAAAGCCUGCUGAUCCAGAAGAACCGGGACGGUGCCUUCUCGACUCCCGGGGUUGCCAAAACCUUCUGCAGCCUGGCAGAGCUCUUAGGGGUCUGCCAGCAGUUCACCCUCGAGGCCGACGGGACGGCUGUCCACUUGGGCACUUUUCUACCCCCACUGCCCAAAGAAAAGUCCAACCUCCUGAUCGUGCGCGGGGGAAGCCGCCACCAGCUCGCCAUCUCGCCCUCGGUCCCGCGGCGCGCCGCCAUCCAGAUGACAUUCCACAAAAUCCAGGUGGAAAAUCUGGUGCAGUGUGAAAACUUGGGCCAAGGGACCUUCACAAGGGUCUUCCGGGGGCUUAAGCGAGAUCCGAAGGGGGACGACCAUGAGGAAGAGGAAGGAGGAGAGACGGACAAAGUCCACGUAACCGAAGUGGCCAUGAAAAUCCUGGACCCUGGACACAGCCGUUGGGUGGAGCCUUUCCUGGAAGCUGCCAGUCUGGUUGGGCAGCUCUCCCAUAAACACUUGGUCCUGCUUCACGGCGUCUGCGUGGGUGCCGAAAACAUCAUGGUGCAAGAGUACGUGAGGUACGGAGCCCUGGACACGUACCUGCGGAGGAACACGGCCACUGGCCACGUGACGGCCUCCUGGAAGUUGCAAGUCUCCAAGCAGUUGGCUUAUGCCCUCAACUUUCUGGAGGACAAGAGGGUCGUUCACGGAAACGUCUCGGCCAAGAAAGUCCUUCUGGCUCGGGAAGGGGAUCCGGCCACCGGGCAGCCCCCUUUCAUCAAGCUCAGCGACCCAGGGAUCAGCCCCGCGUCCCUCACGCCGGACCUGUUAACCGACCGCGUUCCCUGGGUCGCCCCCGAAUGUCUGGAGGAACCCAAGAACCUGUCAGCCGAGUCGGACCGGUGGGCCUUCGGGGCCACCCUGUGGGAGAUCUUUAAUGGGGGCCACGUGCCCCUCAGCGCCAUGGAGCCCGAAGCGAAAUGCCAGUUCUACCAAGAGGGCGGGCGGCUGCCGGCUCUGCCGUGGCCUGAACUGGCCCAACUGGUGGCCCAGUGCAUGGAUUACGACCCCCGGCGGCGCCCCACAUUCCGGGCCGUCCUUCGGGACCUGAACGGCUUCAUCAGCUCAGAUUACGAGCUCCUCUCUGAUCUCCCAGUCCCCGACAACUUUGGCGGAUACACAAACGUCGCCACGUACCAGGAUCCGACCGUCUUUGAGGACCGCCACCUCAAAUAUAUGUCCGUGCUGGGCAAGGGGAAUUUCGGCAGCGUGGAGCUGUGCCGCUAUGACCCAUUGGGAGACGGCACCGGCGACCUGGUGGCGGUGAAGCGGCUGCAGCAGAGUUCGGCCGAGCAGCGGGAGGCCUUCCAGAAGGAGAUCGCCAUCCUACGCUCCUUACACCACGAUUUCAUUGUGGCCUACCGGGGAGUCUGCUACAGCCGGGGGCGGAACUGCCUCUGUCUGGUCAUGGAGUACCUGCCCCACGGAUGCCUGCGGGGUUACCUGCAGAAGAGCCACGCCCGGCUGGACCACAGGAAGCUGCUGCUUUACGCCUGGCAAGUGUGCCAGGGCAUGGAUUACCUGGGCUCUCGGCGCUACAUCCACCGGGACCUGGCGGCCAGAAAUGUCUUGGUGGAGAGUGAAUACCGAGUCAAGAUCGGGGACUUCGGCCUGGCCAAAAUCCUGCCCCAGGGGAAAGAUUACUACGUGGUGCGGGAACCGGGCCAGAGCCCCAUCUUCUGGUACGCGCCAGAGUCUCUGGCCAACAGCGUCUUCUCCCAAGAGUCGGACGUCUGGAGUUUUGGCGUCGUCCUCUACGAACUUUUCACCUACGGCAGCAAGACCUGGAGCCCUUCGGAGGAGUUUCUCCGCAUGAUGGGGCACGAGAAACCCCCCUCCAUGGCCAGCCUCCUUCUUGAACUGCUAAAGCAAAACCGGCGCCUUCCAACCCCCCCGGGCUGCCCCAUAGAGGUUUUUACUCUGAUGGAAUCCUGCUGGUCCUUCGCGCCAAGCCAGCGGCCCCAAUUCUGCAAGCUGGCCUCCCAGAUCGAAGCCCUGAGGAAGAAGUGCUGCAAAACUCAGGACUAGCAGGCGGUGGGUGUCUUAGCACACCUGGGGGUGGCCCGGCGCCCAGGCUUGCUCUGAACUCUGCGCGGGUGCCUUCCUGCGGAGAGUGGCCGCUAAAGCCCCAGGGCUCUCUGCUCAGAUUCUAAGCCCACCUGCAACAAACUAAGCAGAGAAGACGCUGACAGAUUGUUAAGAAAAAAUAAACGUAUCAUUUAUUUGCUUUUUCUCCAUUUCA